AUGAACGAGCUCGUGUCCUUAACCGAAAAUAAAUCAAGAAUUGAGCAAAAAAGAAAAGAUGAUAAUUCUUUGAGUUUUUUAAAAACAUUCGUAAGCAGAGAUACGUAUUUUGUACUAUCUCCGAACCAAUUAGAAAGAUUAAAACAGAUUUCUGAAGCUAUUUUUAAAUUAGCUAAUGAAACUUUAUUAGAAAUAAUAAAGCAAAAUGAAGUAGAAUCUUGGAUGGAGUCAAGAUAUGAAAAGAAUUUUAAAAUAUUAGAACUGAAUACAGGAAGUAGUGCUGGCUGGGAAGUUUCAGGCUUGAUCGAGAAAGAAGCAUCAGCUUACAAAAUUGGCGCUCCUCUUGCUCCUCCACCAAUGAUUUUAGCGACUUAUUUACAAAUUGAAAGCAUGGGUGGAGAUGCCAGAAUUUUCAAUCUCAUUGAAACUAGUUUCCAAGACAUUAUCGACUUUGCACCUACUGGAAUAUUUUGGAGAUGUCAUGAAAGAUUG